AUGGAUAAUUCAAUAGAAAUCACUUUCAGAGUAAAAACACAACAGGUUAUAAUACCGGAACAGCAAAUUCAGGAAAAUGAACUUCCUUUGCGUCGGUGGCAGAUGGAGCUUCUUAUGCUAGAUGCAAAAGGAAACGAAGUGGAGCCUAGCAUAAUUUGCAAAUGCAUAUACCGUUUGCAUCCCAGUUUUAGAAAGCCUAAUAGACGGUUGGAUUCACUACCAUUUCUUAUCAAAGAAACUGGUUGGGGAGAGUUUCAUCUACAGAUAGAGUGUUUUUUUAUUGAUCAUGCUGGAAAAUUUAGCAUCGGGCACGACUUAACGUUCGAAGAUGAUGCGUAUGCAGUUGAUUAUACUGUCAAUGUUCCUUAUGAAUUUUCGCAUAUCAAGAGUGAACUAUCCAAAUAUUUCGAUCUUCGGUGGAAAGCUGUGAAUACACAAGAAGAAAUGUCACUGCGUCUGGUAGACUUACCUUGGAUCAAGACUCUUGCAGUUAUCGAUGAGGACAUGAUAACGGAAAUUGUUCAAAUGAUACUAAACGACCCAGCAGUACAGAAGGCAGUUGAAAACCAUCCUAGGAGGGAGCGUUUUUUCAUGUUUAUAACACAAUUACCAGACGAGUUGCUAAUGAAAAUCCAGGCCUUUUUGAAAUUACCGAAUGAUCUAACCAAUAAACAAGAGACUGUAAGUCUUGGUUCACACGCAACCAGUUUUCCACCCUAA